AUGACAGUGUACAAAACUGUAUGUAAAGUUGAUAAAUAUUUUUGAAAAUAUGUGCAUUAUGCAUCAAUGUACAACACAUAUAUAAGUAGUACAAAAUAUUACAUUUAUUUAAACUUUUCUGCAGAGUACUUUUAUUUGUAAUACUUCAAUGCAUUUUCCUGAUCAUACCAACAAACUUUUACUUAACAUUUUCAAUGCAGGACUUUUACAAGUAACAGACUGUAUCUUUACAGUGUGGUCUUUGUACUUUUACUAAAGUAAAGGAUCUGCUGACACUUGAAAUCACAUUUACUUUGUUUAAGUUCAUUUAACAGUCAAUUUCACCAUUGCUGAAGCUCUUCCUCUUACAGCCUUUUUUGGUAGCAUCUCCCCAGAUCUCAAGCAUGUGUCAGACUCUCUGUAUAUGGCACACCUGCCCUUAUAUGCUGUUUGGGAGGCGUACAUAUCCUGAUUGGCUACCAUGAUCAAGUGGGAUUUAUCAUUCAGCACAAUGGAUCACAGCAGAUUUGGAAGUUUGGCGCAUCUGGAGUUCUUUCAAAAGCUGGAAUUUAAGACUAUGUUGCUGCCUGAGGCCAAGUGUUGUUCCACUUGUCAGGCCUCGACUUGCUUUGAACAUAGCCGACAACCAGGACACAGCUGAUUAAAGCUCGCACCGGAUUUCAUUACAUAAUUGAGGUUAAAAAACACCGCGCACGUCUGACCGACACCUGAUCGGCGCUUUUACGGGUAUUGCUGCUCUACUCCUCCACCUCCUCCACCACCUCGCCCUCACACACGCUCUGCCAUGCAGGAGGUGUAACCCUCCUUGCUCUUCUUCUUUGUGCACUAUCGGAGGAGACCUAAGACAGACAAAAACAAAAAAUCCCCCACCUGUAACUAGUCAAGAUGUCAGACCCAGAUGCCUCGUCGCCGGCGGAGCACCCGCUCCCACUCACCUCGCCUCAGACCCCGCUGCAGCUCUCCUUCCCCUUCCUGAGGGAGGGCAGUCGGGUUUGGGAGAGGGAGAGGAAACCGCCGCAGCCCGGAGAGCUGCCUAGCCCGUUGCCCACUAAACGCACCCGCACAUACUCAGCGACAGUGCGAGCCAAAUCAGGUCCAGUGUUUAGAGGGGUGUGUAAAAACUUCUCCAGGUCUCAGGGUCAUGGAUUCAUCCGCCCCUCUCACGGAGGAGAGGACAUCUUUGUCCACAUCUCUGACAUUGAUGGAGAGUACGUGCCUAUGGAGGGGGACGAGGUCACGUACAAAGUGUGCCCCAUCCCUCCCAAAAACCAGAAGAUCCAGGCUGUCGAGGUGGUGCUCACCCACCUGAAUCCAGGCACCAAGCACGAGACCUGGUCAGGCCAGAUCAUCAGCUCCUAGACCAGUGCUCUGAGGCUGCGAGGCUGCGAAGGCAAAGGGGGAUUUUAGUUUUAGGUUUUAUUCUUUUCGGGGGUGUGAGGGAUCGGAGCUUGGCAUGCUGCAGUGUUUGGCUCGAGGUGGCUCAGUUAUGAAAGGGUGUUAGUGGAUGUUUGAGUUUAGGGCUGGAAAUGAAGCUUUUGAAUGUAUUUGUUUGAAUGUUUUUGCUUUGACGGUCAUGAUUUGAAUGUUUUAAUUUAGGGUUUUGAAAGUUAGGGGUUCAAGGCCUGGUGGUAGAAUUUUUAUUUUUGACUUAGUUUAGUUGAGAAAUAAGUGGUUAAGAGGGAGGCGAUUUGUACUCAAAUAGUCAAAAGAGGCCGAAUCACAUUUUGAGAAAAUUUGAUCCAGUUUGGCUUCAUAGACACUCUGUUUGCACACUUCAGACAGGACAGUUUAAAGUAAGAAUCUCAGAGGAUGUCAUUAAGCCACUUCCUAUCACUGAAAGAAGUAACAGUGAUUGAGCCCGUACAUUUGCAGUAUUAUGAAUUGGGUGUCUGUUUACGACUGUUACUGCUGUUACUAUAGUUACAUCACAUGUAUCUGUAAGGCAGCAUUAUAACGCAUUACCUUUUAAUCCAGUAAUAGCAUAAGAGUUACUAAUAAAACAAAUAUGUCAUGCUAAUGUUAUAUAAAGUAUUCAAAUACCUGCAUGAUAGGCGGAUAGAAAAAAUAAUCAAAUAUGCAGACAACAACAAUGCCAUCCAGUGUGUCUGUGCAGACUGUGGUGACACUGAGGAGGAACACGAAGUCUGACAAGUAAUUUGAGACUCGUCCUUUUCAGCUGUAAGCACUGCUUUAGUGAUGAAUAUGUCAAGUAUAAUGGAUUAGUUUGCUAUGACAACAUGGUUUCGUAAGCGAGCGAUUUUAGGGAGUUUGUUUGGCAGUUUAUUGCAGUUCAUAUGCCAUUUAAACAUGUUUUUGCUUUUCUGUUAUUAUUUCAUGGUGUUAGGAAGGCUGGUCUCUUAUAUUCUGUUGUUAUGGCCUAGUUUUAGAUUUUUUUUUUGGGGGGGGGUAGGCUGUUGGCCUUCAUUUUAUAGGACAGUCUCAGAUUGAAAGUGGGAGAGCAAAGGGAUGACAUGCAGCAAAGGACCGUGGGUUGGAAUCAGAUCUUAGGCCGCUGCAGCAAGGUUAUAGCCUUAAUACACAGGGUGCCCAAUAGUUUACCUAGUGGAGCGCCCCGCGUAUUUAAGCCUAUUAAAAUACAUUCUGAGGCAAUUAAUUUUUGUACAAUGCAUUUUUAGGAAGGUUUACGUCCUUUAUAUUUUGAUAUAGUUUCAUUUUGAAGCAGUUAUAGCUGACAGCAGUGCUGUCUUCAUUCUCCUCUCCUGUUUGUCGUUGAUAUGUGGGCAUAUUGAGGGUUUAACAUUGUUAACUUGCAAUUAAGUGAAAAUGCAUCUUAGCCAACAUUGUGGAGAAAUGACACAAGUAGUUUAAGUGUUUCACAUAGAACAGAGAGGAGACAGGACAAGAAGAUGAAAACUGGGUUAUUGCACAAUAUUUCUGUAAAUUAUAACAACUUACUCAUAAUGCUGCUUUGUCAUUUUAUGACUCGCCUUGCUGGAAACCCGUGAUAUUAUCUAACCAACUGCCCGACCUCCAGGUCAGCCUGUAGGACCUGCGGUUUGUGGUAUGACCCAUGCAUCACUACUACUCAAGUUGACCCACCGGAUAGUAGGCGAAGCUAGCACGAGUUGUUUUUUAACACAUGUCUGAGAUACUGCGUUUUUUUUUUGUCGAAACAGACAUCUUCGAGAUUGUAACUUUUUAAUUUCGAGGGACCAGCUAGAUGGAGGUCUGAAUUUCCACCUUACUUGUAUUUCCCCUUUUUUUCCACAAUACGCUAAAAACUGAUAGAAAUGACAUGCAGCCACUGCCAAAAGUCAUGCAACUAACAUCCAAUUGAUAAAAAUCUAGUUUUGCCAUAUUGUGUCUGUGUUUACAAAGCCAGAUUGAGAUGUUGCCUCACAGCAGAAUGUUGAAUCAAGCGGAAAUGAAAAAAAAAAAUUACAUUUGUAACAUUUGCCCUCUCUGUUGUCUAUGAUCAGGCUUCUUACAGGAACAGAUCUGCCUUCAUCUCACUGCCUUUACAAAAACAUCUGAAGAUGGUUUAAGGUACCACAAACCCUGCUGGUGCACAGCUGCCAAAUGGAAACAAUCAAUGCACUUACGGCGGAAAGCAUCUUUGACAAAGAUCUAAAUCGCUCUUAAUGCGUUUCGGCCUCCAGAGCUGUGAUAAGCUCGACAUAUAAGGACUUAUUCUCCUUUUUAAUAUUGUAGCACUACUGUAUUUUGUCUGCUUGGCAAGUGUAGAAAUCCAGUGUUAUUGUAGCCAGCUCCCAUGACGGUCUAAAGUUUUGAAGUGGAGACAGAGGCUGGGUGUGGUGCGUGUUUACUACUGGGAAACAGGGCCAGAGGGGAAGGAACCGGAGAGGGAGGAAAGUCGUUUAACGGGCAGAGGAUGGAGUGAUUAUCCGUAGAUGUACUUGAGCACUGAUUUGAAAUGUUACAAAGCACGUGUACUCAGAAGGACCAUGAUUGAAGUCAAAAUAAGCUCAUGAAUAAAGAUGGGCUGCUGAUUUUUAGUUGGAAGGUUGAAAAGGGGAGAAUCCGGUAAGUUUCAUACGUCACAGCAAACGACUGUGAAAAAAAACAAAAAACAGAGCAGCAAAAGCUUCCUGUUGUAAGUUGAAAAAGACUAUUUAUUUAUUGACUUAUUUAUUUUCAUUUGUAACUAUGAGACCAUCAGGUGUUUGGUAAUUAAAAGCUGCAUUUUGUGCAAAUAUUUGAAUACACUGCACACCUCACUCUAAUGAUACUACCCUGUUAAUAUCCCUUUGCUACUGUCGUGUCAUCACUGACGGGCGAGAACUUUCCCAACACAAGUUUCUACAUAAUCCUUGUCUAAUUUUUAAUAACUGUGUGACAUUCAAAAUAACAUGCAGUUUUUGUUGUUUUGGAAAUGGGCAUGGUCUGUGCUGUUUGUCGUCUUUUUUUUCUUUUUUUUUAGAAUGUGUUGAUUCACCAUGCAGUAACACAGCUGGAGCCUUCAGAGAGGCAUCAUCAGGUCUCCUCUGCAUCUUUGAUGUGUCGCCAUGAGCGUGACGUAACAUCAUAGUAACACAUCUGUCCGGUUUCUUUACUGUGAGAGAAACGCGUUCGGUUGCAAGCACUUUUUUUUUUGUCAAA